GCCUCCUCUUAUUUCCGUGGUUUCUUUGUGGCGUGUGUGUUUUAUGCCUUCAUAUUGAACCUCCCUCAGCACAUUUUACACACCGAGAUGGACACAGUGAGGGAGGAGGAGGUGUUGCUGAAGAUUAUCUUACGAGACAUGGAAAACUUAACGAAAAAGGGACGACGCUAUUGAAGGAAACUGCUGACCGGAGUGACCAGGUGUUCUAUGGAAGGGAGAGAGGACGAAGAUAUGUCGGCGAUGGCCACGUAGGCUCCGCCCCCUUCGCAGGCUCCGCCCCUUUGGCAGACGACGCUCAGGCCAAAGCUCCUUCCGCCAGAGCGACCAUCGUCCACUUCGAACAGCUGAUGAUCCUGAAGACGACGGACUCCCAUGGCAAGAUAGUCGGGUGCACUUUCAGCCAGCGCCUCCAGUCAGCGCAGAGCCAGCGCUCCCAGCUCGCCCGGUGGUGGAGGAGGACCCGCGGAGCCGUCGAGCGUCCAGCCUCCGUCGCGGGCUUCUUAGACGUCGCCGAGAGAUGUCUCGAGACGGAGGUCCCUGCGCCUAAGACUUCGUGGACUUUCCGGACUCUCCUGAAGGUAAUUGCUCCAGGGACGAUGUGGUGCGGCCACGGGACUCUCGCUCGUGACCUGACGCAACUCGGAAGCAGGUCAGGGACAGAUCGCUGUUGCCAGAUCCACGACCUGUGCCCCGUCCAGCUGGUCCCUUUCGUGGCGUAUCGAGGGGUCAUGACAGCGGGGCCGAAGACGCUGGGGGAGAAUUUGGUAAAUGCAACAACUGAAGAGAGUAUGGUCGCCACAACCCCGGCGACCAACGAAGAAAGUAUGGUCGCCACAACUCCGGACGAAAAUUCGUCAACCACAACCACUACAACGGAUCAAGCAUUAACAACCACUGAAGAGAAUUUAGUCACCACAAGCCCUGAUGGAAAUUUGGUAUCCACAACACCCAGCGAAGUUUUUAUAUACACACCACCUGGCGAAGAGUUUAUACUGAUUCCCGAAUACAAUUUGGUAUCCACAGGGCUAGGAGCAGGAGGCUUUGUUCUCACAGAGCCAGAAGAAGGAAGCCCAGUUCCUAUACAGCCAGAGGGGAGUAUAGGUCCUUUGUUCUCAUAG